AUGUCCUGCAUAAGUCUAAGACUUCCACCUGCUAAAAAGGUAUGGAAAACCUUCGCCUCUAAACUCGGCAGUAAACUUCACAACAUUCGAAAAUCCAAAGCCAUGAAAAAACAAAGAAAGAAUAAAAAAACCACCAAAACUACAACUAUCACCACUACUACCAAGCCACCUACGAAGCGUUUUCGACGCAAAAGGUUAACCACGGUUAGAAGUUUAUUAUCCAGCUUCAACAAAAAGCCUGCACCUGUUUAUAUAGAUAAGCUCUUCAAAGAGCCGCCUUGUGAUUACGUAGGGUAUUUGAAGCCACAUACACAACCAGUUUACAAACCGCGAACUGGAAUAGCGGCGAAGGAUUCUUCAGAGAAGAAACAAGUGGUGGAACUAGAAGGAACAAGUAAGAGAUGUGAGAAAACUAGUGCAUCAGAUGAUGUGUGGGAGUCGGUGGCGUUAGGUUCACCUCAAAUGGAAGGAAUUGAUGAACGAGCUGAGGAGUUUAUUAUCAGGUUUAGAAAACAGAUGGCUGCGCAAGAGAGAUUAGCAAGAAGUUUGUAG